AAGGGUCCCGGGAACGUGGUGGGGCAGGGCCCCCGAGCGUGGUUGGACUUUGAAGGGGAGCGGCCGCCAUGCUGCAUCCCCUUUUUGGAAUUGCUCAACCGGGUGGUAACCGGCGCCGCUUCCUGGCCUCGGGAGGUGGUUCCUUUCUUAACCCACAAGAACCUCUCCCAAGAGAACUUGGUCCUGAUGUCUGACCAUGGAGAUGUGAGCCUCCCGCCCGAAGACCGGGUGAGGGCUCUCUCCCAGCUGGGUAGUGCGGUAGAGGUGAAUGAAGACAUUCCACCCCGUCGGUACUUCCGCUCUGGAGUUGAGAUUAUCCGAAUGGCAUCCAUUUACUCUGAGGAAGGCAACAUUGAACAUGCCUUCAUCCUCUAUAACAAGUAUAUCACGCUCUUUAUUGAGAAACUACCAAAGCAUCGAGAUUACAAAUCUGCUGUCAUUCCUGAAAAGAAAGAUACAGUAAAGAAAUUAAAGGAGAUUGCAUUUCCCAAAGCAGAAGAGCUGAAGGCAGAGCUGUUAAAACGAUAUACCAAAGAAUAUACAGAAUAUAAUGAAGAAAAGAAGAAGGAAGCAGAGGAAUUGGCCCGGAACAUGGCCAUCCAGCAAGAGCUGGAAAAGGAAAAACAGAGGGUAGCACAACAGAAGCAGCAGCAAUUGGAACAGGAACAGUUCCAUGCCUUCGAGGAGAUGAUCCGGAACCAGGAGCUAGAAAAAGAGCGACUGAAAAUUGUACAGGAGUUUGGGAAGGUGGACCCUGGCCUAGGUGGCCCGCUAGUGCCUGACUUGGAGAAGCCCUCCUUAGAUGUGUUCCCCACCUCACCAGUCUCAUCCAUACAGCCUUCAGACUGUCACACAACUGUAAGGCCAGCUAAGCCACCUGUGGUGGACAGGUCCUUGAAACCUGGAGCACUGAGCAACUCAGAAAGUAUUCCCACAAUCGAUGGAUUGCGCCAUGUGGUGGUGCCUGGGCGGCUGUGCCCACAGUUUCUCCAGUUAGCCAGUGCCAACACUGCCCGGGGAGUGGAGACAUGUGGAAUUCUCUGUGGAAAACUGAUGAGGAAUGAAUUUACCAUUACCCAUGUUCUCAUCCCCAAGCAAAGUGCUGGGUCUGAUUACUGCAACACAGAGAAUGAAGAAGAACUUUUCCUCAUACAAGAUCAGCAGGGCCUCAUCACACUGGGCUGGAUUCAUACUCACCCCACACAGACUGCGUUUCUCUCCAGUGUGGACCUACACACUCACUGCUCUUACCAGAUGAUGUUGCCAGAGUCAAUAGCCAUUGUUUGCUCCCCCAAGUUCCAGGAAACUGGAUUCUUUAAACUAACUGACCAUGGACUAGAGGAGAUUUCUUCCUGUCGCCAGAAAGGAUUUCAUCCACACAGCAAGGAUCCACCUCUGUUCUGUAGCUGCAGCCACGUGACUGUUGCGGACAGAGCAGUGACCAUCACAGACCUUCGAUGAGCGUUUGAGUCCAACACCUUCCAAGAACAGCAAAACCAUAUCAGUGUACUGUAGCCCCUUAAUUUACGCUUUCUAGAAAGCUUUGGAAGUUUUUGUAGACAGAGUAGAAAGGGGGGCAUCACCUGAGAAAGAGCUGAUUUUGUGUUUCAGGUUUGAAAAGAAAUAACUGAACAUAUUUUUUAGGCAAGUCAGAAAGAGAACAUGGUCACCCAAAAGCAACUGUAACUCAGAAAUUAAGUUACUCAGAAAUUAAGUAACUCAGAAAUUAAGAAAGAAUGGUAUAAUGAACCCCCAUAUACCUUUCCUUCUGGAUUCACCAAUUGUUAACAUUAUUUUCCUCUCAGCUAUCCUUCUAAUUUCUCUCUAAUUUCAAUUUGUUUAUAUUUACCUCUGGGCUCAAUAAGGGCAUCUAUGCAGAAAUUUGGAAGCCAUUUAGAAAGUCUUUUGGAUUUUCCUGUGGUUUAUGACAAUAUGAAUGGAGCUUAUUACUGGGGUGAGGGACAGCUCACUCCAUUUGACCAGAUGGUUUGGCUAACACAUCCCGAAGAAUGAUUUUGUCAGGAAUUAUUGUUAUUUAACAAAUAUUUCAGGAUAUUUUUCCUCUACAAUAAAGUAACAAUUAACUUAUGUUUUUGUGCUUCAGAGUGAUCCAUUUGAUCAGGCAUUGUAUAAACAGGUUAAAAAAAGGUAUGGUUGUUUUGGAAAGGUGAAGGGAAAAUGGAAUUUGAGAUAUACUGACACUGAAGGUGUGUCCCAGUUCACUUUUAAUUAUUCCUUGGUUUUUAUCUGCCUGUUGCUGUCUUCCAGAGGUGUUGUGAAGUCAUCUCUGUUCUUUUGGUGCUGUCUCAAAUGGGUCAACAAUUCACGUCCUCCUUAUGCCCUCCAUGCUUUUGGCUGAGGAUAAUGAAGCCUUUGUUUGGAGUACCAGGUUGCACUCCAAUAAAUGAUUACAUUUCCCAGCCACCCCACCCUACCAAUUUCAUUGUGUUGGCUGUUCUUUUCUGACUAAGGCAGUACCUAGGAAGACGCUUGAAGUGGCAAUUGAUACUGCAUUUUUCUGUGAGCUGAGCCUGGUGUUCUAGGUGGCCUAGAAUUAAUGGUGUCAUUUGUGACACCUCGAGUGAGGGCAGGAGAGUAAAUACUUUGGCUAGGAGAAGAGUGAUUUAUUCUUUAUCAGAAUUCUAGGUGGGGGGAGGGAGAAUCUGUGAAUGCAUGAAGUUUCCUUCAUUUUUAAGUUUUGUCUCAGUCUUUAUUGCUUAGGUUAGUGGUCCUUGAACUUGUCCCCUGAAAGAGCCCAGUUCUCUAUAUUCUUUUUCUUCUCUUGGGUUCUUAACUCCCCAUAUAGUGGAAAUUCCUUCUCUGCUGUUUUGGUAUGGGUGGGUCUGGGGGCCAGUUGAGCUUGGGCAAGCCAUUUCCUGCUGCGGCCCAGAGCAGCCUGGCUGUUCCACCUUGCUCUAAACAGUCCUGAAAUUGCCCAGUCCUGUGCUUUUGGGAAAUCCAUCCCCUUCUUCCCAUUCUUUGUCUACCACUUAGCUUAGGGCUUUCUUACCUUUUAUUUCGACUGUAGCCAUUGGCUUUUACCAAGUCUCUUUGUUUUUAGCAUUUCUUCAUUUCAGUCUGUUCUGCACACUUUGAUCAGGAGAAGCUUCUCACAUUACAGCCGUGUUCAUGUUUUCUCUCUUGCUCAAAAACCUGCAAUAGCUUCCCAUUGCCGAAAAUCGAAAUUUAGCUUUUGUUCAGAACUUUCCACUUAAAGUUCUUACCCCUGGCUAUACAUUCAAAUACCUAGGGAGCAAUUUAAAAAAUACUGAUGCCUGUGUUCUACCCCCCACCAAUUAAAGCUGAAUCUCUGGGGUGGAGCCCCAGAUGUUGUUUCUGCAUUUGUCUUUCAAGCUGCUAGAAUUCUCAAGUACAACCAGGGUUGACAACCACUGCUUUGGUCCUUGAUACCUAAGAAUUGUGAGCUCUCUUAUCAAUCUCUGCCCACCAAAGACAUUCAGCCAGGUCAACGACAUAUCAUACAUUGCAACCACAUUGAUCACAGACUGAUCGCCAAACUGCUAUAUUUUCUUUUCUCUUCCUCUAUGCACAAGAUAUCUUAGUGGCUAGAUGGGUGCAGGAAAUCAGUCUGUAGAUCCCUCAUCAUAUCUGCUGCAGCCUAGCCACUGCAGAGGCACUCUGCAUAGGAUGGUCUAAGUGUCUCUGUCUUCAUCUUACCUCUGUGGAGGAGACAUGGAAUCAAGCCAGCCCACAAGGAAGCCCUGAGACUGGAUAGGCUGGAGAGAAAGAGGAGGAGCCAGAGCGGUCGGGAAAAGAGGAAAGGAAUACUGUGGAUAAAAGGAACUAAGACCACAAAACCUGAGGACAGACAUUGUAUUGAAAGGGUAAUGACUAUUUGGCUAAAGGGACUGACUCCUGGGUUCCUGAGGCUCAAAGACCAGGAGACUUUUCCACUCUUGCAAGCUGCACAAGUACCAUACCUAGUGUUCUGGGCUAAGAGGGGAGACAAAAGCAUUGUCAGGUUGCCAAACAAUGUCCCAGUUGCCCUGGGAGGCACAAACCCACAAAAGUGCCAUAGGCCAGGUGCAGAGAGAAUCAGAGGAGCUGCUUUGCUGGGGGUCAGAGAAGAGCUGGGUUUUUUCAGAUGAUCACUUUCACACACUGCUUGUUAAAUGGAACCAAAGGGGAAGAAGAAGAAACCCUUAAGCUUUUGUAAUAUUGUCUUGAGUACCAGAUACUAUAAAAGGCAGCAUGAGAGAAACAUUCCCUUGGGCCAGUGUCAUCGUGGAUUUUCUUGCUUGAGAGGCAAGGAUUUCAGCUUUCAUUUUGGUACCACAGAAUUUAAAAUUGUAAGUGCCUAUCCCCUUUCACUGUUGACGGCUUCUUUGGGAUUUUAGUUACCCCAGUUGAAAGAGAAAUUUUUCAUAUUGGGGUUGAGAAGAAUGGAGGCUACUAGGAGCAAAGCUUUAAUAGUGAAAGUCUGGUGAAUCCUGCAAUUUUGAUAUGUUUCCAGUGGAUUUUGAGAACACAGUUUUAGGACCAGAGUAGAUGUUAUUCCCUAGAAAAUAGAGUCAGCUAUUGAUAUUGUGCCUCCCAUCCCUCAUAUCUCAGUGUUUUAACCCCACCUGAGUUUGGAGACCAGUUUGUCCAAGGAUCUUUCAAGCAUGUGAGCCCAGAGUAGAACUUCUGAGUCAAGGAUCAUGUCUUUUUCUGAGGAGCUUUGCUUGGGGCACUGGAAAUCCUGUUUAGAUCAGGACUAUUGGAAUAUUAUCCUCUCCAGAGGAAGUGCCAGGUUGAACAUUUAAGACUUUGCUUCUAGGCCCAGCUACACAUUCACCAGCAAAUCACUUAACUUCCUAAAUUUCUUUAAAAUCUAUAAAAUGGGAUCAGUCUAAUAUGCCUACCUCAAAUGAUGACAGAAUGAGAUCUAUAUGCAUAUGAGGCCUAUGUUAGUUGAAAGACGCUGCAAAGAUAUAAGGGAUUUGUUACUUGUCUUUCUUGAAAUGUUACAGUUGGGGUGCGGUUGCUUCUAUCUUCUGGACCUCUGCCCCAUUCAGCAUACAGCUAGAGGAAUCUUUGGGCAGAUCCACAUUCUUUAGCACGAGCUAGGCUUUGACUCCAAAGCUAUCUGGUCUACCUUGAUGUUCUGAGCAGGAAAACUGAGGACCUCAAGAACCAGUCCAAAUUUCUACUCAUUCUCCCUAAGACCCAGAGCAGACCCAGGACCUAAAGAAAUUACAUCAUCUCUAUUUUCCCUUGGUUCCAGCCCACUCUUGUUUGAACCUCCCACUUUUGUUGUUCCAACUACUUCUUGAGAUGAAGGAAGGGCAGAACAUUGGCCCUCUUCACCGAAGUCUUCACUCCUUAAUCCAGGGUUCAAUUUUUAGUUCACCUUAGCCUGUUUGAGGUUAGAAGUUGGGCCUUAACUUACAGGGUGUGUCCAGCAUCAUUCAAUCAGCCUGUUAGAUCCAGAAUCCAGCACUGUGACACUACAUAACCAUGGGCUCUGUCCUUCCAGUUCCUUUAGUGCCUUCCCUCACUGGUAGGUUCACUCUGAGGUCUUCCUUCCUUGAACUCCAGUGGCAACUAUAGUCUGUUUCCCACAAUUUGUUGUGUGUGUUUUUUGUUGUUUUGCGGUGUUUUCAUGUUGUCUUUUAUGUAAGUCAUGUUUCUGAACUAUCGUAUAAAUUUCAUUAUGGUAAGAAUCAUGUUUGCUUUAUGCACUGUGUAACAUACCUUGCAGUCAGGAUAGGCACUUAACCUUAUUGCUUAGCUGUUCCCUUGGUGUUGAAUAAUGUGUUAGGAAGCCAGGUGGACCUGUGUCCUAGCCUGGAGAAGCUCUAUGUCACCUUGUAGGAAGCCAUCUGAACUUGACUCAGCAUCAUAUGCUGGGCCUGUGCUGCACUUGAGCUUUCUUUCCAGCCACCAGGAGGGAUGAUUGUCCUGGCCAACAGCUAAUUUAAUGGGUGGUCAAAAGAAGAUGUGCCUGCAUAGAAGGCUGAAAGAGGCAGCUGGAAAGUAGGAGGAGACAAGGAGAUAGUGACACCAGUAUCUUGUCACAGAAAUCAAGGAAGGCAACAGUUUAAAGGAGGGGAGGGAGAUCAGUGGUGCCAACUGGCUCAGAAGAGGUUUGCUGGGUUAAAUCUCAAGAUGAGCCCAUGAGAUCUGGUGGUUAGCGGAGGCCUUUCCUGACAACCCCAUUUUAAGCACCUCUUACCCAUCACUCUAUCUCAUCACUGUUACUGUCUGUGUAGCCCUGUCAUGAGCUAAAAUCAUCCUGUUUGUUUAUUGCUAGCUUAUGUGUCUAAAGUAUACUCCUUGAGAACAGCGACUUUGUCUUUUUCACCUUUGUAAUGAGUCCCCUGACAUGGAAUAAGAUAUGAAUAAACACACAGACUUGUCCAAAAUCAUCCAA